UGAAACUCAGAGAGUUGUUGUCACUGAAAAGUGAAAUGGCGCAGAAAGGAAUUCAGCUGGAGCAGGAAACCUUCUCUUGUUCCAUCUGUCUGGAUCUACUGAAGGAUCCGGUGACUAUUCCCUGUGGACACAGCUACUGCAUGAACUGUAUUCAAAACCACUGGGAUGGAGAGGAUGAGAAGAAGAUCUACAGCUGCCCUCAGUGUAGGCAGACCUUCACACCGAGGCCUGUCCUGAUGAAAAGCACCAUGUUAGCAGAUUUAGUGGAGGAACUGAAGAAGACUGGACUCCAAGCUGCUCCUACUGAUCACUGCUAUGCUGGACCUGAAGAUGUGGCCUGUGAUGUCUGCACUGGUAGGAAACUGAAAGCCUUCAAGUCCUGUCUGGUGUGUCUGUUCUCUUACUGUGAGAAACACCUCCAGCCUCAUUACGAUGUGGCUCAAUUAAAGAAACACAAGCUGGUGGAGCCCUCCAAGAAGCUCCAGGAGAACAUCUGCUCUCGUCACGAUGAGGUGAUGAAGAUUUUCUGUCGUACUGAUCAGCAGUGUAUCUGUUAUCUCUGCUUAAUGGAUGACCAUAAAGGCCACGACACCGUCUCAGCUGCAGCAGAAAGGACUGAGAGGCAGAGAGAGCUGGAGGUGAGUCGACUCAACAUCCAGCAGAGGAUCCAGGACAGAGAGAAAGAUGUGAAGCUGCUCCAACAGGAGGUGAAGGCUGUCAAUCGCUCUGCUGAUAAAGCAGUGAAGGACAGUGAAAAGAUCUUCACCGAGCUGAUCCGUCUCAUGGAGAAAAGAAGCUCUGAUGUGAAGCAGCAGGUCAGAUCCCAGCAGAAAAGUGAAGUGAGUCGAGUCAAAGAGCUUCAGGAGAAGCUGGAGCAGGAGAUCACUGAGCUGAAGAGGAGAGACGCUGAGAUGAAGCUGCUGUCACACACAGAAGAUCUCAACCAGUUUUUAAUCAACUACCCCUCACUGUCACCACUCAGUGAAUCUACAUCCAGCAUCAAUAUCCGUCCUCUGAGCUACUUUGAGGACGUGACGGCGGCUGUGUCAGAAGUCAGAGAUAAACUACAGGACGUUCUGAGAGAGAAAUGGACAAACGUCUCACAGACAGUGACUGAAGUGGAUGUUUUACUGUCACAACCAGAGCCCAAGACCAGAGCUGAAUUCUUGAAAUAUUCACGUGAAAUAACACUGGAUCCAAACACAGCAAACACACUGCUGUUAUUAUCUGAGGGGAACAGAAAAGCAACAUUUAUGAUGCAACAUCAGUCUUAUCCUAGUCACCCAGACAGAUUCAUUGGGAUUCGUCAGGUCCUGAGUAGAGAGAGUCUGACUGGACGUUGUUACUGGGAGGUGGAGUGGAGAGGGAGAAAGGUUUAUGUAGCAGUCGCAUACAAGAGUACCAGGAGAGCAGGGAGGGCGAGUGAAUGUUUGUUUGGAUGGAAUGACAAAUCUUGGGCGUUAGAUUGUGACCAAAACAGUUAUACAUUUUGGUACAACUAUGUCAAAACCCCCGUCUCAGGUCCUCGGUCCUCCAGAGUAGGAGUGUACCUGGAUCACAGUGCAGGUGUUCUGUCCUUCUACAGCGUCUCUGAAACCAUGACUCUCCUCCACAGAGUCCAGACCACAUUCACUGAGCCUCUCUGUGCUGGACUCUGGCUUUUAGAUCCUGAUGUCACUGCUGAGUUGUGUAAACUGAAAUAGACAGAAGUCAUUUGAGGGACAGUGGGUUCAAUUCUGUGUUUUAACUCUUUUUAAACUCGUUUUGUCUCCAUGUUUGUUGAUCUCUCUCUCUUUUUUCAUAUAAUAGACAAAGUAAGCACAGUUUACAAACUCUUAAAGGAAUAGUUUGACAUUUUGGAAAAUGUGCUUAUUCACUUCCAUGUUGAGAGUUAGAUAAGAAGAGCC